GCCGCGCGGCAGAAACAGGAAGUGCAACCAAAACAAAGGAGCGGCAACCGGGAGCGGACCUUCCUUCUGCCUCCCUUCGGCGUACCUCUGGGCCUCGGCCGCUGACUCCGACGAGCCGUCUGACUAUGUCCAACAUGGAGAAACACCUGUUCAACCUAAAGUUCGCGGCCAAAGAACUGAGCAGGAGUGCCAAAAAAUGCGACAAGGAGGAAAAGGCCGAAAAGGCCAAAAUUAAAAAGGCCAUUCAGAAGGGCAACAUGGAAGUUGCGAGGAUACACGCUGAAAAUGCCAUUCGCCAGAAGAACCAGGCGGUGAAUUUCUUGAGAAUGAGUGCGCGGGUCGAUGCGGUGGCUGCCAGAGUCCAGACGGCAGUGACGAUGGGCAAGGUGACCAAGUCAAUGGCCGGGGUGGUUAAAUCCAUGGAUGCGACGUUGAAAACCAUGAAUCUGGAAAAGAUCUCUGCCUUGAUGGACAAAUUCGAGCACCAGUUUGAGACGCUGGACGUCCAAACGCAGCAAAUGGAAGACACGAUGAGCAGCACGACGACGCUGACCACUCCGCAGAACCAAGUGGAUAUGCUGCUCCAGGAAAUGGCAGACGAGGCCGGCCUAGACCUCAACAUGGAGCUGCCGCAGGGGCAGACCGGCUCCGUGGGCACCAGCGUGGCCUCGGCCGAGCAGGAUGAGCUAUCCCAGAGACUCGCCCGCCUGCGAGAUCAAGUGUGAGGACAGAACCCACCCAAAGGUUUCCUGGCUGUAGCCACAUUCUGAAAUGCUCUCUGUAUUAGAGCGAUACUGUAUACACUAGAAACUUUGAAAAUGCCAGAAUGCUGAAAUUCUCUUAAAAUGCUUCUACCUUUGGGUUUACAGUGCUCUCUCUCACUCACAUUAAGAAAUUCCAGGCUUUCUCCACUCGUAACUGGAUUUUAAAGUUCUGUAUAACUUGUGAUGAUGUGUAUUUUUAUAGCUACCUUUUAACAGGACUAGUUAAUUUGGUGUUUAUGAAUCUCAAAGUUUUGAUCAAAAUUUUAGUUCCCAUGUAUUCAGUUUUCUGCCCGGAUUAUCAAAAUCGAAGAAUGUGUUGUUGUUUUUUUAAUAUGGUGUAAUUAAUAAUAUGUGGAAUUGACACGUGCAUAAGAAUUAGAGGGAAAUGAUUACUUUGAUUACAGGACUAGCAACACCUCGUUCAACUUAUUUAAUAGUGCUUUUUCUGUGUAUCCUUUUUUUCCCAUCAAAAGGAGACUACAGUUGACUAUUAAUCUGUCCUCAUAACUUACACUAAAAUUACAAUAGGACGUUCUCGCAUAAUACCUUUUUACUGUUUAUGUAAAUUCUGUAAAUUUUUUGUGUGGUAGUUGUCUUAUAACUGGAAAAAUGCCACAUAACUUCCAUUUAUUAUAAGGAAAAAUUAUUCAAUUGUGUUUUUAUUUACUGAAGUUCUUUUUAAGACAACGUUUAACAUAUAACAGUUUCUUUCAAAUGAAGUUCUCUAACACAUUUCUAGUUAUUUUCCUAUUUCAACACUUUACUUAGACUUCUUAUAAAGUAUGUUAAUUAGCAUGGCAGUCAUAUUACUCACUCUAACAUUGCCAAAGAACUGUGAUUGUUUUGAGACAACUCUGGGACUGUGUGUGGGUUUUAUUUUGACUUUAACCAAAAUUAGAAAUAAAAUUAGAACAGCAUUUUACGUUCUGUUUGCAUUUAUUAUUUUGUUCUUGAAAUAACUUUAAUAACCUUGGAAGUACAAGUUAGAAUGUUUUACUUAGCCAUGCAAAUAAUUUAUACAUGCAGCCAGCUGGGACUCCUGGGAAGACAAUUCAGGAUUGGACAGCAGGCUUGCCCCUUAAGGCUAGAACUCAGAUGUGCUGCUUUCCAUCUUCCUGGAAUGGCAGCGUGUAUUUUCUGGCUGAAAAGUAAAGCCUGUAGCAACCCACCACUUUCUCAUAGCCUCAAAACAUGGAGAACAUCGAUUUGCUUUUGCCUGGCAAGUAUGUUAAUCUAAGUGAAAUAUUUAUGAAUAUGUUAAAUUAUCCCCUUUUCUUCACUGGAAGACUUCUCCAUAAGAGAAUUCCACUGUUUCAGAAAAUAAUUAUAGGGACUUCCAGGCCCUUUGAAAGAUUCAUAACCAAGUAUUCAUUAUAACAUGUUUUCCAGUGUGAAUGGAAAGGGGGGGGGAAACAUACAUGCAGAUGAGAGCUGAUCCUAUGUUUAAGUGUCUUUACAUCUGACUGGAUGUUGUUCUGAACUCUGUAAGGGACACCUGUCAAUUGCCCCAUGUGUUUCUAGAACUUGCCCCUUUUUGUGUCUCCUCUCAUCCACACGAUUGCACAGAGGCAACUGUGUGAGUACAGCAUGAGUCAUAACCCCUCUUUAGACGGGAAAAAAAAUUAAAACUUAAAAUAUAGCUUAGUGUCGAACCCUUUGGUAAAUUAAAGACCCUUUUAUAGUGCAGAUAUUCCCAACAAUAUUAAUAUAUUUUGUGAGAUUAAACAAUGCUUAUAUAAGCUUGAAUUUUCUUAAAAUGUUCAUUUCAAACUAUAUGAAUGAAUGUUUUUAGAAAUCAUAAAUAUUAUUUUCAAAAGUGUAUUAGGCCCAUGAAUUAUUUCAUCAUUUUUGCAGUUGAUGAAAUGCUGAAAUGUAAACCAUGGAAGUUUGUCAAAUAAAUCAUUUUAAACUGAA